GAUGGCUCUCUGCCAACUGGGAAAGGGGCUCUCCCCACAAACUGAGUCUGCUGGAAUCUGGAUCUUGGAUUCCUCAGCCUCUAGAACUGAGGAAAUGCCCUAGCUGUCUGGGAAGAGUAUAACACCAGAGACAAGAGGACAUGGAAAUGUGUCGACGUUGACUAGGAGAUGUGACAUUCUAGCAUCAGCCCAUCUCUUCCUGGUCUUUUCUGUCCUGCAGAUUUGAAGACCUGAGUUCUCCUCACCCAUUGGAUUAUGCCCAAGACUUUCCUACCCAAUGAUCCUCUUGCAACACGCCGGGCUUCCUCUGCCUAAGCGGCCCUCAUCCUCUCCUCCUAUGUCAGUGGCCGCCCGGUCUACAGGAACCUUGCAGCUUCCGCCACAAAAGCCUUUCGGGCAGGAGGCUUCCUUGCCUCUGGCCGGGGAAGAAGAGUUACCGAAGGGAGGGGAGCAAGACUCUGCCCUGGAGGAGCUAUGUAAGCCCCUGUACUGUAAACUCUGCAAUGUCACCUUGAACUCCGCACAGCAGGCCCAGGCUCAUUAUCAGGGUAAAAAUCAUGGUAAGAAACUCCGAAAUUACUAUGCAGCUAACAGCUGUCCUCCUCCUGCCAGAAUGAGCAGUGUGGUAGAACCUGCGCCUACUCCAGCUGUUCCCGUCCCCCCGCAGAUGGGCUCCUUUAAGCCGGGAGGCAGAGUGAUCCUGGCCACAGAGAACGAUUACUGUAAGCUCUGUGAUGCCUCCUUUAGUUCUCCGGCUGUGGCUCAGGCUCACUAUCAAGGGAAGAAUCACGCCAAGAGGCUGCGGCUGGCGGAAGCUCAGAGUAACUCAUUCUCGGAAUCCUCAGAGGCCGGUCAGCGGCGGACCCGGAAAGAAGGGAAUGAGUAUAAGAUGAUGCCUAAUAGGAGGAAUAUGUAUACAGUACAGAAUAAUUCAGCAGGUCCUUACUUCAAUCCCCGCUCUCGGCAGAGAAUCCCGCGUGAUCUGGCCAUGUGUGUUACCCCCAGCGGCCAGUUUUACUGCUCCAUGUGUAAUGUUGGGGCUGGUGAAGAGAUGGAGUUCCGGCAGCAUUUAGAGAGCAAGCAACAUAAAAGCAAGGUGUCUGAACAGCGGUACAGAAACGAGAUGGAGAAUCUAGGAUAUGUAUAGUGGUCGUUGUAUUCAGAUAGAGCAGCUUUUCCUGCCUAUUGUUUGCCUUCUGUCAAUAUGCCCUGCUUUUGUGGUCCUUUUGAUCUGAGUCCAUUCCUCUGCUUAAUGUUAAUACGUGUAACCUGCAGUGGUACCAUGAGAUGUCAAGACUGGGGAAGGAAAAGAAUGUGCUUCUUAGGUCAUGAUGCGUUUUCAGGUCAGUUGUGUUGAGUUACUUAGAGCAUGUGACCUACCUACCCCACGAGAAAUAACUUUUUAUCUUGACCAAGUUCUGGUCAACUAGUAGCCUGAUCACUUAGAGCUUUAACUAUUUAAAAACUUCACCUUUUUUUGCAGUUUUAGUUUUAUGUACUGUUAAGUAAAGAAUUUUAUUGACUUCUUACUUCAGAUAACGGUAAAAACAGGUAAGCAGAGAUUUUGGUUUCCUAAGUUUUCUUUGGAACCACCUCAACGCAAUGCCUUGCCAGUAGGAUAUAUGAUUAUAAGCAGCAUUAGGGUCUUUCCCAGUACGUGUUUUCCACUUGCCUUCCCAUUAUUGAUUGAAAUGCAGAUUUUCUUGGAUUCAUACACUUCCAGUGUGCUUGUAGACUUCCAAAUGGUGAAAUUUCAUUUUCACUUGUGGAUUUCACACAUUUAAAUGUGGGCUUCUUCCUUCCUCCCCCCUUCUCCCACCCUGCCCCAGUUGAAUUAGCUUGUUUAAUAGGCUCAUUUUCAUGCCCCAGCUAUGUUGUGAGCUUUCCAAGCCCCCUGUUCCAAUGUCCAAUGCGUUUAAGAUAGAUAUGCUAUUUUUUUAAAAAAUAUUUUUCAGGUGGUUUUGGGAAAUGUAAAGAUGUGUUUGAUUUUUCAUUUUAGAGUUAUUCAUUGAUAAUAACAUACUUAUAUGAUGGUCUCGAUUGUAAGUUCAGAUCUCUUGAUACUUGUUUUGGCAGACUUUUUCGAUGAACUGAUCCUUGGGGUUUAUUUACAUUCUUUCCUGUCUUGCCAGUUGGUUGGUUGCCCUGAAAAAUACUAACCCCUUACUGUUUCAUAGAUAGAGAGGAGUUAAAAAAAAAAAAAGUUAACCAGAUUUUAGUAUCAUCAUUUCCAGCAGUAAAAUACAUGAAUUUUGAUUUCCUUCUUUAUAAUUCAGCUUCCUUAAAUGUCAUAGAAAUACAUUAUGGAUUACUUUGGUAUCUGAUAAUUAUAACAGUAUUUUUGUUGUUGUUGUUUUUAAAAUAAGCUCUAGUGUAUGGCUAGAUAAACGAAUGGAGUACCCUAUGAACUUUCAUUAGUUGUAUUUUAUCUACUUACUAUAUUUACAUGGAUAAGACUGGUGCUCAUCCAUACUUUUUUUUGAAAGGCCACAUUCACCAGGAACUUUAUAAUGAGCAGUAUCUUUGCACUAUGGUCAAUUCACAUUUGAUUGCUUUUAUUACUAAUUAAAAAUGAAACUCCUA